GUUUCUUUAUUAUUCAUUUAACGUCAUCUGUUAUACUGCUGACUGACUAACUAACUAGUAACUAGAAGGAAACGACAAAAAGACCAUCUCAUCAGCAGAUUACAAGUAGAUCUAGUUCCGUGGAAGAAAUUUAAAGGGGAUUGUUUUAUGUUCAUAUAUCCAGAUAAAAUCUGGCAGUUUUGAGUCUGGGAUGAAAUCUGGGAAUGUGUGAGAGCGGUGAGAGCUUUUGGGGAAGCCAAGCUGUCGUGGAGCUUUUGAUUCUGCCUCAUUCUCAUCAUUAUCUGUCUUCUUCGCUUCGUCUUCCAAAGAUAAAAAGCAGGACGGAACGUCACGGAUAUGAAUCCACGAUAUCCGUGAUGUGACUGAUUACUAUUACAAUCAAAAUAGAGGCUCCGCUUUUACAGCCGCCAUUAAAAAAAAAAACGACAACAAAAAGAAAACAGGCAUCUUAGUUCAACGUUUAGAAAAGAUGAAUCAUCUGGGGAAGCAGUGAAGUGUUCCUGUACGUCUAAAGGGGCCGAUUAGAAACUCCUGAGGAGAAAUGCAGCAGCAGAGGAAGACUAGACGUGGAACACAUCGAGUCAGGAUGCGGCUCCCCUCCCAUCCGGAGCACAGGGAGUAGGCGGGGCUCGGCUUAUUCCUUAUUAAGUACUUACAGCCUCUCCCCUCUCAUAGCAGAGAGAGAGAGAGUGUGUGUGAGGAAGAGGGGGCCAGUCGGCUGCACUGAUUCAAAGCCUGCGUGUGUUUUUGUGUUGUGCUCCUCCACCGCUUCACUCGCACACUAGAGGGAAUUGGCUUCCCGAUCACCUUCCAACCUUCCGCCCCAGAGCAUUCCAGCCCCCUCCUCACUUCCCUUGCGCCCCCUUGUGUCUUCCUCCCCCCCCUGGCGAGGGAGCUCCGUGCCGGCCCCAUGAUGAAGGAGGAGGGCCUGCUGAACCGCCGGCGGUUCUCCACGUGUGGCGGGACGGCGUCGCUUCGACCUCCGCACCCGGACGGACGCAAGCUCAUCCGCAACGCCUCCUUCGGGGGCUAUAACGAGCUGUCACCCAUCUCGCUUCCAGGUUUCGAGAGAGUAAAGGAGGAUCUUCUUCCUCUGCCUUUGAAAGAGGAUUCGAAUUCCAUAUCAAAGAGCAAGUCUGAAACCAAGCUGUACAAUGGCUCAGAUAAGGAUGUGCCAGCGUCUGGCGGAAAGCUCACCAAGAAGGAGUCCCUCAAGGUGCAGAAGAAGAACUACAGAGAAGAAAAGAAGAGGGCGACCAAGGAGCUGCUUAGCACCAUCACAGACCCUUCUGUUAUCGUCAUGGCCGACUGGCUGAAGAUCCGAGGCACGCUGAAGAGCUGGACCAAGCUGUGGUGCGUGCUGAAGCCGGGGGUCCUCCUCAUAUAUAAGACUAACAAAAACGGCCAGUGGGUGGGAACGGUGCUGCUGAACGCCUGCGAGCUCAUCGAGAGGCCGUCCAAGAAGGACGGCUUCUGCUUCAAGCUCUUUCACCCGCUGGAGCAAUCCAUCUGGGCGGUGAAGGGUCCUAAAGGAGAGGCGGUGGGCUCCAUCACGCAGCCGUUACCCAGCAGCCACCUCAUCUUCCGCGCCGCAUCAGAGUCUGAUGGUCGAUGCUGGAUGGACGCCUUGGAGCUGGCCCUGAAGUGCUCCAGCCUGCUGAAGAGGACCAUGAUCCGGGAGGGGAAGGAGGACAUGAGCACCGUGUCCACCGGUGGAGAGCACUCCAUUAACUUCUACAGCCUCCUCAGAGCCCACAACAUGCAAGGCUUCCAGUUCAACGACGGCGACCACCUAAAAGACCCGGACCUGUACUCGGACAAGUCAGACCGGGAGGGCGAACAGGACCACGAGGAGUCGGACCCCGAGGGCCUGGAGAAGAGCGAGGAGAGCGACAGCGACACGUCAGAGCGCCAGGACGACUCGUACAUCGAAAUGGACCCCAAUGAGCACCUGCGGGAAACCCCGUACAUGGAGCAGUCGCACGAAGAGCUGGGGGAGGCCGGCGAGGCUGCACAGACGGAGACCGUAUCCGAGGAGAACAAGUCUCUGAUCUGGACUCUGCUGAAGCAGGUGCGUCCAGGCAUGGAUCUGUCCAAGGUCGUCCUGCCCACCUUCGUCCUGGAGCCGAGGUCCUUCCUGGACAAGCUGUCCGACUACUACUACCACGCAGACUUCCUGUCCGAAGCUGCAAUUGAAGAGAAUGCCUACAACCGGAUGAAGAAGGUGGUGAAAUGGUACAUCUCUGGAUUUUACAAAAAGCCACAGGGGUUGAAGAAGCCAUACAACCCCAUCAUUGGAGAGACGUACCGGUGCAUGUGGCUCCAUCAGAAGACCAACAGCAAGACUUUUUACAUCGCAGAACAGGUCUCUCACCAUCCGCCAGUGUCGGCCUUCUACGUCAGCAACAGGAAAGACGGGUUCUGCCUCAGCGGCAGCAUCCUCGCCAAGUCCAAGUUCUACGGAAACUCCCUGUCAGCCAUUUUAGACGGAGAGGCUCGGCUCACCUUCCUCAACCGAGGGGAGGACUACGUUAUGAACAUGCCCUACGCUCACUGUAAAGGCAUUCUGUACGGAACCAUGACCUUGGAGCUGGGAGGUCAGAUCACCAUUGCGUGUGAGAAAACGGGCUACAGCUCUCAGCUCGAGUUCAAACUGAAGCGGCAGCCGUUUCUGGGCAGCAGCGAUUGUGUCAACCAGAUCUCUGGGAAGAUCAAGCUGGGAAAGGAGGUCCUGGCUACUCUAGAGGGACACUGGGACAGUGAGAUCUUCAUCAACGACAAAAAAACGGGGACGAUGGAUACGUUCUGGGACCCGACGCCGGAGCUGAGGCAGAACAGGCUGACGCGCUACACAGUCCCACCUGAAGAGCAGGGGGACUUCGAGUCAGAAAGGCUGUGGCAGCACGUGACUCGAGCGAUCAACAACAAGGACCAGACGGAGGCCACCAACGAGAAGUUCAUCCUGGAGGAAGCUCAGAGGAAGGCGGCCCGGGAGCGCAAAACCAAAUGCGAGGAUUGGAUCCCCGCCCUGUUCGAGCAGGACCCCAUCACCGGAGAGUGGCAUUACAGAUAUGCCGACACCAGGCCGUGGGAUCCGCUCAACGACCUGAUUCAGUUUGAGAAAGACGGCUGCAUCCAGACCAAGGUCCGACACCGCACCCCUAUGGUACGUUCUGGCAGUCUUAUUAGUCUGAGUAACCAGGGGCCGCGGAGGGACAAUUGCAAGUGCCAGGUAACGGUGCCAAAGAGAACACACAAGAGCGACAACCCCAAGAGCCUGGAGAGCGGCUGCUCCUCACCAGAACCUGAUCACCAUGACUCAUCGGGGAGCGAACGACACAAAAGCAAGCAUAACUGUCGGCUGAGAAAAAAGGGUGCAGACCUCAGCGAACUUCAAAGUGCCAUCAACUCCAUAAAGCAGACGCAGGAGGACAUUAACAGGAACGUGGUGGCGCUGCGGAUGCGUUCAGAGAGCCGGGCGGAGAACACGUCCUUCCUCCAGCAGCGGGACUACGUCAUCAUCGCCUGCCUCGUCGUCCUUCAGGUUCUCAUCAACUACAUUUUCAAGUAGCAGCCACAAGGCCUCAACCUGAACUCACUCUCUCUCACACACACACACCGGAGAUUUUUAGACGAGCUGACCUCCAGCUCCCUCCUUCUCUCCGCUUAACAAACCCAUAUCUUUGUGUUGUGGAAAAGCAGAAGAACUCGGAAAGAGACCGUUUUUAUCGUAUUUAUUCGCAAACAUCAUCAUUCUAAAUCUCCGCGGAGAUGCAUGGAUUUCAAAGAGAGGGGAACAGCGGUGAAGGGAUUUCACAUGGAAUAAAAGGCUGGACUGCCUCGGGUUUUUUUUUUUCUUUGUUUUUUUUUUUUUUUUUUUUUUUUUUUAAUGCCUUGAUGUUAAAGGCAAAGACGGCAGCCGUUUUUUAUUAGCUGUUUCAUUAUUUUUGCUUUUUUUUUAAACGGAGUGAUGCUACUCUGAUGUUUCACAUUUCACCUCAAACGACAGGGAAGCUUCUAACACAAAAACAAGGACCACAGGUCAGAUUGUAACACACGCACAUGAGAUCCCUUUAAUUUUAGUGCUUCUUUUCUGUUUUCCUAUCUCAUCUUGUGUUUAACUGAAGCCUGCUCAGAACAGAAAACUCAACGUGAUGGGAAAAAAAAAGGGAAAGAAAAACAAAGUGGUCCAAUGUGUGCAACUUUUAUUUUUAUAUGAUCAGAUCCUCUUACAUUCACCCUCGAUUCCACAUCUGGAAAUAGAAGACAGUGAGAAUAACACAAGGGACAAAAGGAAGAGAAGCUAUAGACCUCCGCUUUUUGCAUACAAAGUCGUUGUUUAGAGA